GGCUGGUAAAGAAGUCCUUAUUAAAGCAGUCGCUACAGCACUUCCUACUUAUACAAUGUCUUGUUUUAUGCUGCCCAUGAGGAUUAUCAAAAAUUUAACUUCUGCUAUUAGCAGAUUCUGGUGGUCUUCAGAUCCUAAUAAGAAAAAAAUUCCCUGGAUAGCAUGGAGCAAGAUAACAGCGACUAAAGAGCAAAGAGGCCUUGGAAUUAGAGAUCUUAAAGAUUUUAACAAAGCACUUCUCGCAAAACAAGGAUGGAGAAUUAUGUCUUCUCCAAAUACCUUGCUGGCGCAGGUAUAUAAAGCAAAGUAUUUUUACAAAUCAUCUUUUCUACAGGCUCGGAGUAACCAAUAUUCAAGUAAUGCCUGGAGAAGUAUCAUACAAACUCAAGAGCUACUUAAAAGAGGAACUUGUUUGAGAGUUGGAGAUGGAAAAAAAAUCAAUGUUUGGUCUGAUAAUUGGCUUCCAACUCAGCCUCCUCGACCAGCAAAUGGACCAGGUACACACGCUAAUCCCUUCUUAGUAGUUCACGAUUUAAUUGCUCCAGGUACAAGAGAUUGGGACCACCAAAAGCUGCAGCAAAAUAUUAGGCCUGAGGAUAUCCCACAAAUCAAAUAUAUUCGGCCUAGUAUAACCAAUAAUAUCCAAGGAAAUUUGGGAUCUAGCGCCCUUUCAUACUCCUUCAAAUGAUGAUUUUCGGUCCAGCAAUUUACUGCAAAACCUCUCAGCUCUCAUUAGUCGAGCAGGGAUACAAGGUUAUAAAUAAAGCUCUCAUUGAUAAGAGAUUAUGGGAGGAUUCCAAAAUCUGGUUUGAAGAUACUCCUUCUGCACCUUGUUUACCAGAAAGCAAUAAUGCUUAUAGAAAUGUGUUUGAUAUUUGUAGAUCUUUCCAUAAGCAUUGUUGUAUGGUUGAUUGUUGUAUGGUUGAUGCCUCAUGGACGUCGUCGGAUAAUCCAGCAGGAAUAGGAUGGUUAUUAUUUAACCCUUCUGGUCGAUGUAUAGUUCAAGGUAAAGCGUCCAUUGAUCCUACAUCUACUCCCUUAGAAGCAGAAGCAAUUGCCUUACUAAUGGCUGUGAGGGAACUUCGUAAGCUUGGCUAUCAUGAUGUCCUUAUGAUCGGAGAUUGUAAAGUGUUAUUUGAUGAUCUUCAGAAGAUUGCCGGACAUCAAAAGGCAGCUACAAGAUGGAUUAACUCAUUGAUAGCUACUUAUGUUAAAGACAUUGCUGCUUUAUCUGUUGAUAGAUGUAAAUUAACUUUUAUGCAUGUAAAAAGAAGUAUGGUAGCUGAAGCAGAUUGUAUAGCAAAAUUAGCUAGGGAGCAAAACUCAAACUAUAUUGUAUCAUGGCAGUUGUAA